AUGUCUUUGUUGUCCUGGCUCUUCACUCUGUGGCCCUCUUCAGCCCUGUCCCUGCUCCUUGUCGGGCUUGUGGACAGACAGUUGGGGCUCAGGGUGGGACUGCAGGUGGUUCAGACAUUGACUUGUUCUCAGUGGGCUACACCAAGUACCCAUCGUUUGUUCCAGGAUGGAGAUGUGGUUAUUGGUGGGCUCUUUAAUGUUCGUCAUCAAACUCCAGCUAUUGACCAUGACUUCACUCAGCUACCACACUACAAACCUUGUGCUGGUUUAGAACAUGUUCCAUUACAGUAUAUAUAUGCUAUGGUGUUUGCGGUGGAGGAAAUCAAUCAUCUUACAACCCUGCUACCAGGUGUGAAACUGGGCUACCAUAUACGUAAUAGCUGUGGACUUCCCCUGUGGGCUCUCCAGUCAGCACUGUUGAUGGUUGGAGGAGACAACACCAGAUGUAAUUUGACAGCUCCUCUGGACUAUUCUGAUGGCUAUGGAGAAGAAAACGGAGAAAGGAGAGGUGGACAACCUGUUCCCUUGAUCAUUGGUGGUGCCUCAUCAAUAACAGCCCAGAUACUCUCCAGAAUCCUGGGGCCACUCUCUAUCAGUUACCUGGCAAGCUGCCCCUGCUUGAGUGACAGACACCAGUUUCCUAACUUCUUCAGGACCAUCCCGAGUGAUAUUUACCAAGCCCGGGCCAUUGCCCAGCUUGCCAUUCGCUUCAACUGGACUUGGAUUGGAGCAGUGAUAGCAAACAAUAAUUAUGGGCAUGCAGCAUUAAAGGUAUUUCAGGAGGAGAUUCAGGGGGCAGGGAUGUGUCUGGCAUUUGUAGAGACUCUGCAAAGGCAAAAUAUUGUGAAUGAUGCCAAACGAACAGCACUCACAAUUCAGGCCUCAGUUGCAAGGGUGAUUCUGAUCUUUGCCUGGUAUACAGAUGUGAGGGAACUGUUUCUGCAACUGGCCAAGAUAAAUGUGACUGACAGACAGUUUCUGGCCAGUGAAGGUUGGAGCACCAGUGGUGAUCUUCUCCAGAAUCUUGCCACCUCUAAAGUGGCAACUGGUGUUCUUGGUGUGGCCAUUCGAAGUUCAGCUAUACCAGGAUUUGGAAAUUUUCUCAGAAGUUUGAACCCAUCUCGUGGUCCUUACAAUGAGUUCUUCAGAGAAUUCUGGGAACAGGAGUUUGGAUGUACACCUCAAAAAAGGUCUAGCCAUCCCUCAAAUAAUUCUACUUCAGCUUUUGCCAAAUCAUCUCUUCAGAAAGCUUCUUUACCACUCUGCAGGGGAACAGAGUCCCUACAGAGAGUGCAGAGUCUUUUUACUGACAUCUCCCAGCUAAGGGUGUCAUAUAAUGUCUACCUUGCUGUUUAUGCUGCAGCCCAUGCUCUCCACAGCCUUCUCUCAUGCCCUGACAGAGAUAGCCCUCUCAGUAACAACUCAAAUUGCUCAUCUCCAAAACACAUCAAACCCAUAGAGCUGUUGCAGCACUUGAACAACAUGAACUUCAUUACACCACAGGGGGAAAGGUUCUUUUUCCAAGGGGCUGACACUCCAGCAAAGUAUGACCUUGUCAACUGGCAGAAAACUCCUGAGGGCUCACAAAAAACAGUUUUGAUUGGUCAUGUGGAUGGGUUCAAUCUGCACUUUAGUGAGUCAGUUAUUCAGUGGAGCACAGGAUCCAAUCAGGUGCCAAUUUCAGUGUGCAGUGAGAGCUGCCCCCCAGGUACCCGAAAGGCUAACCGGAAAGGGGAACCUCUCUGCUGCUUUGAUUGUAUCCCAUGUGCUGAAGGAGAGAUUAAUAACACAACUGGUUCCCUUCACUGUGAGCACUGUCCAGUUGAGUUCUGGUCCAACACUGAACGAACCGCUUGCAUCCCUCACCAGCUGGACUUUCUUUCCUUUAAUGAGACCUUGGGCAUUACUCUGACUACAGCAGCUGUGUCUGGUGUCAUUGUGACAACAGCUGUCUUUGUGGUGUUUCUUUGUUACCGACAAACACCGGUGGUGCGAGCCAACAAUUCAGAAUUGAGCUUCCUGCUUCUUCUGUCGCUGAAACUCUGCUUCCUGUGUUCACUGGUGUUCAUUGGACGUCCUUCACUCUGGUCUUGUCGGUUCCAGCAAGCAGCAUUUGGGAUCAGCUUUGUACUUUGCGUUUCCUGCCUCCAAGUCAAAACCGUAGUGGUUCUCGCAGCUUUCCGCUCAGCUCGGCCUGGUGCUGAAGCCUUGAUUAAAAGGUUUGGUCCAGGCCAACAGAGAGGAAGUGUUUGCCUACUUACUUGUAUACAGGUUAUCAUCUGUGUCAUAUGGCUGUCCCUCAGUCCCCCUGUGCCCCAAUAUGAUCUGGGUUUCCAAGGGUCAAAGGUAACUCUGAAGUGUUCCAUGACCUCUGUUGUGGGCUUCUCUCUGGUUCUGGGUUACAUUGGGCUGCUUGCCUGCACCUGCCUCAUCUUGGCCUUUCUGGCAAGGAAACUCCCCGAUAACUUUAAUGAGGCCAAACUGAUCACCUUCAGCAUGCUGAUCUUCUGUGCUGUCUGGGUGGCAUUUGUCCCUGCUUAUGUUAGCUCUCCUGGAAAAUACACUGUUGCUGUGGAGAUUUUUGCAAUUCUGGCGUCUAGUUAUAGUUUACUGUUCUGUAUUUUUGCUCCAAAGUGUUUUAUCAUUCUUAUAAGGCCUGAGAAGAACACUAAGAAACACUUGAUGGCCAGGUAG